AUGCCGAACUUGGAGUACUUGGAGCUGCACGGAGAAGUCUUUGAGGAUAUCCUUCUCUACAAAAGGGGCAGCCCUCGCCUGACGGAGCUCCACCUGCGGGAUGUUGAAGUAAACGGUUUCUGGCCGUUUCUCAACCUUUCUCCGCUGCUUUGCCGCAUCGUCCUGCACGGUUGUACGCUGAACUUCCAGACCUCGAACGUCAGGGUGUUGAGAAACAUUCGCACCUUGGAGAUCGAUGAGGACUCCAAUGUGCCCUUGAAAAUGCUAAAAGCGCUGCUUCGGAAAUGUCCCUCCCUGGAGGAGUUCUCGUUCGGCUGUGCGGAGGACUACCCGGACUCGGUUCCGCUGCUGAUUUGCGAGCGUUUGAAGCGUUUGCGCAAGUUGUCGCUGCGAGGAUAUCCGGUUACGGAUGCGAGCGUGAAUCACAUUGUUCAGCACGGUCGCGCUCUGGAAGAGGUGCGGCUCAACGCGGACGUCAUGUCCCAGGAAACCAUCGAACGGCUGCUCGCGAAUAGCAAUCUGCAGGUGUGGCUGGAUCAAUAUUAG